AGUCGCCCUCAUGGGCGUGAUAGCGGCGAUGAUGAAUACAACCGUCACCGCAGUCAGUUUUCCGCUGUGCUGUGUGCUCGGCGAGGUCCGCACAAGUAGGCUCCGCCUGGUCUGGUUGAUCUUGGUAUCUCUUUGGGCACGAGCGCGUUCGCCAUGAAAGUCGGUUUUUCCUCCAAAGAUCAAGUAUAUUCCGCAGCCAUACAAUGGUUGCAUUCCGAGAAAAUGCGUACCUCACGAAGCAGUUGGCGAUGGACGGAAGGGAAGUAAUAGCUGCAGGAUCAUACCGCUGCGGCGUGGUCAUCAUUUUGGGGUCAUACGAAUUCUCCAGCUUCGAGCUUCGCCCAGAAUGCAGUUACAUGGCUUUCCAACCGAUUUCCGCUAAAUUCUACAGCGGCCAUUCCAUCAACCAGUUCCAUGUCAGCAUGCCAAAUGCACAGGCCGACGUUAACUCGGCGAACAAAAUGCACUCCAUCUCUCUUGAUUUGGUAGGUGUGCAUCCUGAUUCUGCUGCCCCUGCUUCAAUACCCAUUCGGUACUCAUCACUGGCUCGCUUGCUGUCCGCGAGUAGUCCCCCAGCGCAUGUUAUAGAGGGAAUGGAAAGGGUCUUUGAGGCUUUUGGGUGUUGUUCGACAUCCUGUUCUGAAAUGGGGCAUCGAGGUCUCUCAUCCCUUGCUAUCUAUCAACAUCGAAAGGUGACACCAGGUACCCCCAUCAUCUCAUUCGUGAUUACCACUCAUGAUGCGCAGGGGACUAGAGAUAGGAUGGUAGGCACGGGGAGUCGCCUUACGAAUGGAAGGGGAUCUGGCGAUUCAAGCCGAAAUUGGAGCUCCUGGACGGUAAGCUUUGAUGAGAUAGGUGACCCAGGAAAUUCCAGGCAUCCCACCCGCCAUCGCCGCCUCCAUCUACUUGUUUCCGCGGCUUCUGAUGUCUCACUGGCUUAGCACCGAAGCACAGCGAUUGAUAAACUGGACCCUUGUCCAAUGCAUCAGGGCUCAAUGUCCUUUCACUCCCGGGCCGAAGUAGGUCCAGAGGUUUUACCCAAUUUUGUUGGUUACACUGCUGGGGAGCCUGCCCAGCGCAGAUAGAAUUUGGCGACGAGGGGCAAGGUCCUAAAAAAGUGUAGGGGGCAACGAAUGUGACUGCGGCCCUGUUGCUCCUUGUAUGCUGGACGAUGAAC